AUGCAUCACAUCAAUAGUAAUCAAGAUACAGCAUCCAAUACAUCGCAUUUUUCCAACACGGCUUCCUCUGAAAUCUCAGAUUUCAGUAAUGCCUCGAUGACCGUUGGGAGUCUCAGUCAUCGCUCCCAAUUUUUUAGUGAAAGCUCAUUUUCUUCGACUGAUAGCGAAAACAAUGGAGCUAGAGAUACCAUUGAUGAUGAAUUCAUCGACGAAAUAUCGGAUCUUUCGGAUCUCCGUAGUUCCCUCGGAACUAUUGAAGGCUCUGCUUAUUGGUCACCUGAAGUUCCAGAAGACAAUCGAAGUCGAAAUGAAACGAAUGAUCUAAACGAAACGCGAAACGUGAGAAACAAUAGAGGCAUUAUAGUGAAUGGGACUAGAUACUUGAGGGAUCUUAGUAUCUUAGUAAGAGGAAGCAUUGUUGAGAAUUUUAGGUUUUACAGUCAGUUAUAUUGUGAAAUAUUUGAUUACUUUCUAUUUAGGAUUUUGGGUUUCUUAAGAGAAAAAAGUUCGUAUAUAAUCAAAACCUUUGAAAUAUUUUUGAUAACCACCUUCAUAAUUUGGAUGAGCUUCGACAUCCAACUCCUACCCGACGAAGUCACCCAUUUUGUCUGUUUAAAUUCUCCUGUCGUAAUCUCUCAAACCUUCUUACCGCACUGCGAAAACUUUUUCGUUCCAGAUUUUUCAAAACUUGUCGAGGCCCAAAUUCAGAUUCAUCGAGAAUUAUCCAAACCUUUCGAAUUGCAAUCGAAUACUGAGAUUCCUCAUAAAUCCGAAAUUUCGUUUGAACUAAGCCUGGAUUCACUUGCUCGUGACAUUCAGGAAUCAGUGUUAGCUACAAGAGAUCUUAUUGAUCUGGUGAAGGAUAAGUCUUACGAGCAACAACAACAACAGGCUUCUGAGAGUGGAUCCUAUAAAAUCGAGUCACCCGAACCCGGUUCUCCGGAUUUUGUGUAUUCGGAGUAUGAUCCUUUUAGCUCUUUUGAAUCCACGUCCUUUGAUUAUAAAACGCCGUCAGAUUUCAAGCUUACUAAAUUUCACGGUCCUGAAAUUACAAACAUAGAAAACCAGAUAAUCAAGGAAUUAAUAGAAUAUUCUGAUAACAGUUUUGAGGUUGUCAAAGAAUUGAAAAGAUUGCAGUUAUUAGUUCACAAUUCCUUAGAUGGAACUAUCAAUUUGAUAGUUUUUACAUUGGAAAGUUUGAUAAGCAUUAAAGAAAAAAGUUUAAGCUUACAACAGUACAAACAGUUGAAAGAGAUGACUGGUGUGAGGAAUUUGUUGAGUGGAAAAAGGCGUGAUCUUAAAGGGUCCGCUUCCCGUUUCAUUGAUCUUGAUAAUAAUGAUUCGAUGAAUCUAGAUUGGAACGAAGGGGAUGGUAUAAGUUUUAGACAGUGUAAACAAGUCAGAGAUAUAUAUAAGGUGUUACUUCUAGCAACAAAUGAGGAUUUAAGGAAACUAUAUUUGGGAGCCUAUGCUGCAUUAGAGGGUCUGCGGUAUAUCCAAAAAUCCCAAUUCAUCAUUUCAAACCUAUUUUCAGCAUACGAAGAAUUUCAUUAUUAUAAUUACCAUAAUUCCAAUACCAAUAUCCAAAACUUAAAUCUCUUUUCCAAUUUCUGGUCAUUCUUUGGUAAUCACGAAAGUGAUGACAAUAACAAAGAGGAAACAAAAAUAUUCGAAAAAACCAUGAAAUUAUUCAAGACAAUUGAUAGACAACAAAAUGUAGUCAACGAAUACAUACUGAAUAUUAUUGAUCAUGUGAAAGAUGUUCAAAAAAAAUUGAAGAAGUUACGGGGUGAUUUUGUGAUUCCAGGUCACGUAGAACGUGCGGGAUCAAACAUGAUUAAAAUGAUACGAAGUUUCGAAGACAGGAUAUCGAAAGAGAAUGAGUUAAAAGUACAGCUGAUUCACAUGAAAAAACGAUUGUUGGAAUUGAGACAGGAGAAAAAUUAUGUAUAG